AUGAGUAACGACCCUCAUCCCGAUGAGCAUUCGCUCCCGAGCAAUCCACAAUGCUUCGGCCUGAUGCGCCAAGGCGAUGGCUUCAGCGGUGAGCUCCCGCUAGGAUAUUCCAUGACGAUCACCACGAUUCAUUAUCAUGGUCAGCAUUCCUACGCUGCUGGCUUCGGUCAACCGAGAGCGCCCGUACCGCCGUUUCCAUCGGCAGCGACUCGCAUGUCCCCGACGAAGACAUCCUUUACGGGCCAUAGAUUCUACCGAGCCCAGACGAACUUUUCUGGAGAUUCCGAGUCCUUCUAUGGGAUCGAGGGACCAUGCGGAAGGCCAUUUGCGAAGCUUGGUCUAAGUAUCGCAACGGGGACCUGGACCUUGCCGAGCGGCAGCGGUAAUGACCUUCCCCUAUUCGCCGCCGUUCACGAAUCCACCAUUGGUCGCGAAGUACCGAUGGCGAACUACCUCAGAGUCGACAAUGACGCAGUUCUGGGGCAGAAGUUUGAUGCCUUAGAGCCCCUAUUCAUACCCGCUUCUACGUCGCUCUCGGCAUUGCAUUUCUUCUACGCCAUCCGACAUUACGCCAGCAACAGAUUCAUACGCAUUCAUCCCGGAUUCAGCGGCAUUUAUGACCCGAAGGGCCACUGGGAGACUCUCGAGGAGGAGCAGAAGUGGCAACAGCACCGAGUUCUCAUAAUGGAAUGCCUCGUGGAGAUCAACACAUUGGCUAAGGUUUCGGACAAGUUUCCUGCAGUAGACGAGUUGACCCGUGCCGUAGAGAUCCUUUUGGACGAAGGACCACGUGAUGACUGUCCGCCAGUUUGCUUAGGGUUAGUCAUAGCAAUGCUACUUAGUGACGGAUCCUAG